AUGCCUCACUGCAGAUUCUGUACCAAGGAGAUGCCCACAUUGGGAGGUGUCAAGAAACAUAUCGCAGGAUGCCCUGACUGUAGAAGGCAAUGGGAGCUGCUGGUUGAAAAUCAAAAUGACAUUGGUGUACCUAGUUUAGGAACAUCAAACCAAACUGUUGCAACCAACACCAACAUCAACACCAACACCAACUCUCAGGCUGACUUAUUUUCCCCACAUCACCGCUCAUGCUCUGAGUCUUCCAAUCCCGAUGCAGACAACCCAGCAGCACCGAAACAUUGGCGGGUGACCAUUGAGGAGGUUGAAGAUGAGGACCACAUCUUUGAAAGGUUUCAUCAGUAUAAGGAGGGUAUGGGCGAGGACAAAUGGGCUCCCUUUUAUGAUGUGGAGGAAUGGGGACUCGCCAAAUGGCUUGUUAAAAGCCUUGGCCAGACUCGAACAGAUGAGUUUCAAAAAUUACCUAUAAAAGUCAACAAGCUUCCACAUGGAGCUGCCUGGAGUUGCAAAAAGGUUAAUGUCCAGGGAAAUAAAACAGAUGAGAAGGGCCAGAUGUUGCAUGAAAACAUUGAACUUUGGAUGCGCGAUCCUGUGGAGUGCGUCAAAGACCUCCUUGGAAAUCCAUUGUUCCGCGAUCACAUGGUGUACGCACCUGCAUGA